AUGGACGACCGACCAGGAUCGAGCGCUCUGCUCUCGCCGCCCGAGCUCCCCCCACUGGAGCAGGAGGUUCUGGACGAGUACGAGAGGCUGGCAGAUAACAUGAAGAAUCUUGCCUCUAUCCUCGACAACAUGGCCGCCCAGCCUACGACAGAGAUACUCGACGGCCUACGCGAGCUCGAGCGGAAGACGAGCCUGGUGUUCACGCUUCUCAAGGCGAGCGUCUACAGCAUCGUCUUGCAGCAGGAAAUCGACUGGGGCGACCAGGCUCAGCAUUGA